AUGGACCAACCACCUUGCUCAUAUCUGGUAUUGCAAGCGCAAACUUCGGAGAAUGAUCAACGGCAGCGCUUAGACUUGCUCGUGUGGAAUAAGACCGAGCAGCUUUUGGCCGAUGCUGACGCAGACGUCUUUGAGAUCUUUGACUGCUGCUACGCAGGGAACUUGUGUCUCACCAGAGGGCAACCCAGAUUGUUCGAAUUCCUGGCAGCGACCAAAGAGAUGGCCACGACAAAAGUUCCUGGUGAAGACUCGUUUACGUCAGCCCUUAUAUACGCACUAGAAGCUUUGGUCGAGGAGAAAGGCAUGUUCACAACGGUAGAACUCCUCAGAAAGAUUAAGUCCCAUGCGCCCAACUUCCCUAGUGAUCAGAUUCCCGUGCUCUCCGAUCGAAGAGACGAUGCCCAAGCUGGUCGCAUCAUGCUUCAUCCACUCCACAGAAAUCUAGAAGAUGGCUCACGAACCGCUAUAUCAUCGGAAGAAACUUCCAAUCUAGAUGCUCUCAAACGCCACACCGUGACUUUGCAUUUUGAUUUCGCCAACAAACCUCCAUCUACAGACAUUGAGAUCCUCGGCCGCCAUUUGAAUCAAAUUUUUGAGAGGUCCACCCUUGGUGUAAAUCGAGUGCGGUGGGGGGGUAUGAAACGAUCAGCGGCUGCCCGUGCUGUUGGAAGCUUUCAGGCUGGUUUGCAACGAUCUCGUCGCGCGAGCAUGAAACAGUGGCCGAUUUUUGCUACGAGCCGGGACUCACCGCAGGCGCUGGAGCUUGCAGCAACAGGGAGCGUGGGCGUCAACCCUCCGAUUGUCAGCGCCAUAUCAUUCCCAAAUUCAUCGAGCUCAAAUGAGGAGAGCGACGACGGCCACACCUUAGUCCGCAGAGUCCGAAACAAGAAGCGGAAGUUCGAUACGGAUGGAGAAGAGGCUUCCUGA